ACAUGAUCGGCCGUCUGUGGAGGCGCUUGACGCUCUGCCUGCUGGCAGCUCUUGUUGGUACGAUUCUUGCAGAUGCAGACUAUUGCAGCAACUUCGAGGACCGGCCUGGGCGUUGCAUCCACUACCUGAGAUGUCCGCCCAUCAAAGCGAUCGUACAGAGAAAACGCGCCGGCUACGAGCUCACCCAGAGGGAGCAGUACAUCUGGAAUCACGCUGGCUGUUCGGAGGAGCGAAAGACCUUUGUGUGCUGCGAGGAGGAAAUCAAUGACACUGGACUGGCGAUGCUGAGGAACGAGACGGAGUGCGGCAAAUUCUCGUUGGCCAAGGUCGCGCAUGGGCAAGAGGUCAAAAUGGGCUCGCGACCCUGGAUGGCCCUUCUGAGGUACGAGGGUAUGUCGGAGGGCAGGAGCCAGUUCCAAUGCGGAGCCACACUCAUUUCGAAGCGCUUCCUCCUAACUGCAGCGCAUUGUAUGAGCAGGGAAAAUCCAGUCUCGAUUCGAUUGGGAGAGCACGACUUAUCCACGGAAGUGGACUGCACCAUGGUGGGCGUGGGCUCUCAGGUACGGUGCCAGCCGCCCCCCGAGGACAUUGGCAUCGAGAAGAUCAUCGUGCACGAGGGAUUCCCGAAUAACCUCACCCAGAACGACUUAGCACUCAUAAAGCUGGACAGGGACGUGGAGUACGCUGCCCACAUCAAUCCGAUCUGCCUGCCUCUGAAUCAGCAACUGCAGAGGGACGUCCGCGAUCAGCUGGUCUACCGGGUGACUGGCUGGGGACGCACUGAGAGCAAUGCCUACUCCAAUGUGCCCAGGGAGGCGUCUGUCAACCGUCUUCUCCUGCAGGAAUGCGUCAAUGCGUACCCGAAGAACGCGUUCGCCGAGAAUCAGAUCUGUACGUCUACCGACGGGCAAGACAGCUGCAGCGGCGACUCUGGCGGCCCUCUUCUUUAUGCAUUCAGGUACUACGGACAGCAGCGCUUCGUGCAGACGGGGAUCAUCAGCUAUGGACCGAGUCAGUGCGGUGUGGGUUCUUCCCCGGGGGUGUACACGGACGUGGGGGCGUUCCUGCCUUGGAUCACGAAGCAGAUGGCGCAGUCAUGAGGACAAUCGAGAAUAGGAUGAAUCCUGCUGCUCACUCACCACCUGCGGGCCAUUCUCGCCACCGGGGGGCAUUGAAUCCUUUCGGCCCGCUGGCCUGAACGGCCACUCGAGCGCAAUUAAUUAAGUACGCACAGUAAGAGCUCAAAGAUUUUAAUUAAAAAUUUUGC